CCUAGCCUAGAUGUACUAGAGCUGCAGACGGUACUUCCUUUUGCUUGUACAUGCGAGUGUUGAACGUUCUAAUAUUUCUACAAAUAUUUUACACCGCCUUUCCACGUUUUACGUUUCCUUUAGAAAAGGGGGAUUGUUUUGACAUGUAGAAUUACGAAAAGAAGAAGAGGAGAAUGAAAAUGCUCCGAUUUCGCAGUUCAAGUAAUAAAUCCUUAAACCAGGAGAUUAAAUGUAGCAUCCGACUGCUGGAUGACUCGGAGAUCUCAUGCACCAUACAGAGAGACACAAAAGGCCAGUACCUCCUGGAUCAUGUUUGCAACCAUUACAGUCUCCUGGAGAAGGAUUAUUUUGGUAUCAGAUAUGUUGAUCCAGAAAAACAACGGCACUGGCUCGAGCCUAACAAGACUGUUGUGAAGCAAAUGAAAUCUCAUCCACCAUAUACCAUGUGCUUUAGAGUGAAAUUCUAUCCCCACGAGCCCAUGAAGAUAAAAGAAGAGCUUACCAGGUACCUGUUGUAUCUGCAGUUAAAGAGAGACAUAUUCCAUGGACGCUUGCUUUGUUCCUUCUCUGAUGCAGCAUACUUGGGGGCCUGCAUAGUGCAAGAUGAGCUGGGGGAUUAUGAACCUGAUGAACAUCCAGAUGAUUACAUCACCGAGUUCAAGCUGUUCCCCAAACAGACGCAAAAACUAGAAAAGAAGAUUGUGGAAAUACAUAAAAAUGAACUCAGAGGUCAGAGUCCAGCUCUUGCUGAAUUAAAUCUUCUCCAGAAAGCACAUUCUUUAGAAACCUAUGGGGUCGACCCUCACCCAUGCAAGGAUUUUACUGGAUCAACAGCUUUCUUAGGAUUUACUGCCACAGGGUUUGUGGUUUUCCAGGGGAAUAAGAGGAUUCACUUGUUAAAAUGGGCUGAUGUCAGCAAAUUGAAAUUCGAAGCGAAGACUUUUUACAUUAUAGGCAUUCAGAAAGAGAUCUCUUUCAAGGGCAGGAUGCAAUGUAAUAAACUGAAGAAGCUAGUGCUGACAUACCACACGUCUUCACCUGCUGCCUGCAAGCAUCUCUGGAAGUGCGGGGUGGAGAACCAGGCUUUCUACAAAUGUGCAAAAUCCAGUCAGAUUAAGACUAUGUCCAGCAGUAAUAUAUUUUUUAAAGGCAGCCGAUUCCGAUACAGUGGAAGAGUUGCAAAAGAGGUCAUUGAAGCCAGCUUUAAAAUCCAGAGAGAUCCCCCAGAGGUGCACAGGUCCACCAUUGGUUAUAGCAGAAGUUUUAAUUCUCUAAACAAGCAGCUGAUCAUGAACGUGGAGCCGCUGUUACCAGCACUUCCCUCUCCCAGCGAGUCUGAAGAGAUUGCCUUUGAAAACGGCCUGCAGGCAUUGAAGGAUACCAUGCACCUGUCCCCAUUAAAGCAGCCCCAGUCAGACGUGGACCCUGGGGAGGUGACUGAAAGCAGAUCUCAGGAGGAGGGUGGGGAUGAGAUGGUGGGGGUGGCCGCUGAGGAGAGGCCAGGUGGGGGGGGGGAGGAGGAGGAGGAGGAGGUGGAGGAGGUGGAGGAGGAGGAGGAGGAGGAGUUGGGGGGGACCCUGACCAUCUCUGAGCUGAUGUACAGCCCCAGUGCCAGCGCUCUGCCCACCCCCGUGGAGGACGAGGGUAUCGACCUGCUCUUCAGCAGCCCUGUGAAACCAGGGAAGGAGACAGAGCAUGACAGGGAGUCCUAUGAGGACCUGGAGGCUGACGAGAGGGCCUUCCUAAUGGCAGAGGAGGAGGAGUUGAAGGAGAUGAGGCAGGUGCUGAGCCACAGCUACGAGCUGCUGGUGGGCAACAAGCAGGUGAACGCCUGUGUCCGCAGCUUCGUUCGGCUCCUUGCGGUGGGCCUCGGACUGCUGCUGUUCGCCCUGCCCCUCCUCCUUGUGCUCCUGGAGUCUGACAUAGACGUCUCCUUCCUCCAUGAGAUCCGCCAGACCCCCGAGUUCGAGCAAUUCCACUACGAGUACUACUGCCCCCUCUACCAGUGGGUGGUCUGCAAAAUAAACAGCAUCCUGGACACGCUGGGCGGCUCUUAAGAUUAACAGAAGCAUCCAUCUCUUGAAUUGUUGAACAUGAAAAAAGGGUUGCUUUCAUUUACUUGUGGGCUUGUUCUGAGUUUGUAGUAAGGGUGGUAAAGCCUGGGAUUUGACUUAUGUUUUAGUGUAUUGUAUCCUUUUUACAUUAAAGGGCUCAUAAUAUACUAGGCCACCUCAUUGUAAACCAGAAUUCAUCCAACAAAAUGUGUCUCGUAAAGUAGGUUAAUUUCAUUUAGUUAAGUGUAAUCAAAUAAUUGUGAGUUUUUUUGGUAUGUUAAUUGUGUACCAGUAUUUAAUUUGAGCAGCCAAAUUAUGGAUAUGCUUUUCUGUUGACAAGGUACUAAAUUUGGGAACUGUCUGUGAUUCAAAGAUUGUCCAGAGGAGGUUAGCAAAGUUGAGUAUCAUUUAAAAAGAACAAGAAAAAAAAAACAAAUAAAGAGGUGUUGCUAAGCUUGCAGUAAAAGAUAGAGUUUGGAAAGUAUGGGCAUGGAGGGGGUGGAUAGAUGUCACUGGAGUAUAAUUAAUAAUGGUUGUGUGAUAUUCUGGUGAACAGCUUCAGUUUAAAAAUAAUGAUAUUACGAGAAAGAAACGCAUAUGAAACUACUAAAAAGAAAGAUAAUAGAAGUUUUAAAGAUGAAGAUGCCACUCCAUCCUCUUUUCUUAAGAAAAUAAAUCUAUAAAACAAGUUACAAAGCACUUUUUUUUUUUUUGCAAAGGGAGAGAUGGUAGAGAGGUUAUAGAUUUCAGGUUCUAAACAUUAUGGGGGGAAAAGGUGAUCAAUACAAUUUUAACCAACCAAUUUAGUAAAGUAUACUGUGUAAUUACAAAAAAUUAAUGCAGUAUUAUUUAGAACAAACAUAAAUCCUAUGAAGUGUAGGCAAUUGUCUUCCAGCUCAAACAGCAAAACAUGAUAUAGUGUUCACAAAGGUGGCUUGCAAUAAAUAAAAAUAAUUACAACAAACCAUAUUUCUAUUAGUAGCCUACUAUAUAUAUAU